UCGCGUGGAAAGCUGCUGUCAUUUGGAGUUGUAAUUGAAAUUAGAUAAACAAAACAAACGCUACAAGCGGUAUUGCGGCGUUCGCAAAGCAACAAAACGAAAUAAAAUUGUCCUCCAACAAACCAAUCGAACAUGGAAUAUCUUACCGGCCUGUCGCAAAAGGAAAAUGUUCGCGCCGCCUGUAAAAAGUGUGGUUUCCCGGGACAUCUAACGUAUCAGUGCCGGAACUAUCUGACGGUUGAUCCACAAAGCCAUGCAGUUGUGCCAAGCCAGCAGCGUCCGGGUAGUGAAUCGCCGGAACAAAACUAUCUCACGCCACUGCAGGAACUCAGAAAGCAGGAAGAGGAAGAGGAAAAACGAAAGGCCGAAAAGGCGGAACGGAAGGAACGUGCACGAAGGGCUAAGGAGGCACGCAAGGAGAAAAAGAAACGCAAACACCGCAAACGUUCACGAUCGCGGUCCAGCUCGAACAGUUCCGAUGCAAGCGAUACGGACAAUACUGACAGUAGCAGUAGUGAUGGCAAACUUAAAAAACGUUGCAAAAAUCGGUACAAGAAAAAGCUAACGAAAAAACGCAAAAAGUCCAAAAAGGGAAAGCACAGCCACAAGCGAAGAGGUCACGAUAGCAGCUCGGAUAGUUAGAAAUCCUUUGGCGUAGGUAAGAGAGCAGUAACGUUCGAUGAAGAUUACAUCGAGA